CAAGGAGCUAGUUAUUAUCCAUCACCAACAUGUACUACUCCUAACGGAUGUAUUAGUACAUGUAUGACGACUUAUGGUGAUUGUACUGCUGGUCAAACUCAAGGUUGUUGUGGAGCAUCAUGUUCAACAUUUGUACCAACAUGUACAUGUAAUUGUGGCCUAGAUUUUACAACAACAACUUCAAUUCCUUGUCAAAGUGGUCGUACAUGUUUAGAAACAUGUAUGAAUUCUUAUAGUGCAUGUACACAAGACAAUACUCAAGCAUGUUGUGGUGUUGAUUGUAUUAACUCAUUUCCAUCAUGUUCUUGUAUGUGUGGUUCAAAUCAAUAUACAACAUUAGCAUUAUCUUGCGGUUCACCACAACAAUGUGUACAAGCAUGUUUACAAUCAGUUGCUCAAUGUAAUGUCGCAAAUACUCAAGGUUGUUGUGGAAGUGAUUGUACAGGUUAUAUUCCAACAUGUCGUUGUCAAUGCGGGUCAAGUAUUUAUUAUACAACAUCAAUUUGUGUUAAUGCUGAACAAUGCACAAAUACAUGUAUUAGUCAAUUUGGUUUUGCUUGUACACCAACAAAUACAAUUGGUUGUUGUAAUGGAACGAUUUGUACAAAACGAAAUCGUUUUCUAGGAGUUAAUAAAGCUUCAACAACAUUUCAAUCAUCAUAUAUUAUUAUAUUAUUAUCAAUGAGUUAUUUUUUAAAAUUUAUCUAA